UGCAUGAUCGACAUGCAGCCCGACGACGUGACCGUUCAGCGGAACGUCCGCAACUGCGAACUGGACGUCCACCCCACCGAGAAGGCUCUGGUGGUUCGGUACGAGGUGGAAGCGGUCGUCCUGGGAGACGACGGGCCGGCGAUCGAGCAGAGCCGCUCGUGCCAGAAGCUCAUACGCGUCAAGAGUCUCAACGCCUCGACCGAUGUGGCUGCGCUGGCUCGCGAAAUCGUUGUCAAAUGCGACCUCCUUGAAGAAUCCCAGACGACACGUGUGGAGCGGCUGCUGUCGUACCUACAGCAGCGUAAGGACAACGGGACCGCCAGCAGGCCUCAGACAGGAUCUCAGCAUGGAGGUUCGUCACCAUCGGGGGGUCGAGCAGCAUCAACGGCCAGCAUGGCCUGCCUCGAGUCCUACGUGGACAUGCUGUACGAGGAAGGAGAGGACAAGGUGCGUGGAUCGGCCAUGGUACUGCAGCUGGCACGCAGUCCAGACAACUUGGGCGAGCUGGCGGCCAAUGACACCCUGUUGUGUGCCCUGGCGCGGGUGCUGCGGGAGGACGGUCGGAGGGACACCCAGCUGGCCACAAACUUGGCCUAUGUCUUCUUCUGCCUCUCGACAUUUUCACAGUUCCAUCCAGUCAUUGCCGAGUACAAGGUUGGCUCCAUCUGCCUUGAUUUGGUGGAGUAUGAACUGCGACGGCACGCUCACUGGAAAGAGGAGCUGUCGCGAACACCAGACGACGAGCGUAGUCGACGCAAGUUUGUGGGGUUGACGCGCCGACAGGACCAGCUGCUACGCGUGUGCCUUUACCUGCUCCUCAACGUGGCCGAGGAGGCACGCAGCGAGAUCAAGAUGGUUAAUCGUGGACUCGUGCCCAUGCUUGUUGAGUGCCUUGACCGGGAACAGACGGACCUGCUUUUGCUGGCAGUCUGCUUCUUGAAAAAGCUGUCCAUCUACUAUGAAAAUCAGGCCGAGAUGGCUCGGCUACCAACCAUCGAACGGCUAGCGCCACUGCUGUCUCAGGAGCCGCUCGCGUCGGCUGUACUACGCCUACUGCUCAACCUGUCUUUCGACCGCAGCCAUCGUGCCGCCAUGUCGGCAGCGGGGCUCAUCCCAAAACUCGUUCAGCUCCUCGUCAAGGAAGGACGUGCGGCAUCCGACGAGACUCCGGCCCUGUGCAUCUUGUAUCACCUGAGUCUGGACGAUCGUUGCAAGUCCCAGUUUCCCUACACAGACUGCAUGCCGUGGCUGGUCAGAUCCCUCCUGGCAAGCCAGAGUCCGCAGCCAGCUCCGCUGGCACUAGCCAUAAGUCUGGCCACCUAUCGCUGCAAUGCCCAGCUCUUUUCAGGGGCUCUCGAAAAGCUGCUGGAGCGCGCUUUGCGAGACGCCGAUGCCCUUUACUUGCGGCUUGUACGGACCGUGGCACAGCACAGCGGUGCAGCUUGUGGAGCAGCUCUUGCAUCCAAUGCGGAGGCCCUCUGUACUGCACUCUUGCAGCAUUCCUCAACGGAGAGUGACUUUGCUGUAGAGUGUGCCUCCACACUAGCGCAGCUGGAAGGAGGACCUUUUGGGAAACUACUGGAUCGGCUGCUACCGUGGAUUCGUAGUCGCCUUGCUGAAGGGCCUGACGAGCUGCUUGUGCCUUUGGUUCAGCUGGUGGCCACGGUGGCACGAAGCAAUGAGACUUGUGCCCGGGCCAUUGUGCAGCAGGGUCUGGUUGUUGACCUGACGGGCCUGCUCAGAGCCAGGCAGGAGGAUGACCAACUAGUGCUGCAGGUGGCAUAUGUCUUCGAUGCUUUAAUUGCCAGCAGCGGUACUGCUGUGCGCGAAACACUAGUGCGAGGUGCACAGGAGGUGCCAGCAUACCUGCUAGACCUUCUUCACGACCGCAACGCAGAGGUGGGGCGUGUCUGCAGUCAUGCACUGUCGGUAUUGGCCCACUAUUAUCCGGAGUGGGACCGUCGGCUGCGCGAAGCACGCUUCUGCUGGCACAAUGCGCAGUGGUUGGCAGUGGUCCAAUCAGGAGAAGCUCCCGAGGAACAUGAAGAGGGCCCUUGUGAGCAGUUUCUGGACCGAUCAGACCUGCUCUCCAAUGGCAGUGCUGCUUCAGACCCCUGAGCGACUGUUAUCAAACCGACUGUCACGAAACUCACGAGUGACCCUGGGAGAGCUCCAGUUGAUGGUCUACUGAGGUUUUUCCAAGGACUGAUCAAACAUAAUCUGUUAUGAUGGUCACAGACUUUAUGCAAGGCGCACAAAACGGUCAACUAUGCUGAUGAUCUGCAUACAAGUGAUUGUAGACUGCAAGCAAGUUACGCCUAAAGGCAUGGCAGCAGUGGCUGCUGCAUUCCUAUAUUUAUGGGCCCAACAUAAUAUAUAUUAUUUCAUUCACGUAGUUUCUGAAGAACACGUAGACACAAGGUUUACUGAGUUACUCGUCAACAGCACGGCCAGAAGUUUCAGACCCGCUGGCUUGUGAUGUCUCUGAUGCACUGCGCUUGUGUACAAUUUCGCAACUGGUGAUGUCUGACAAAACUACAACAUUUACAACAGUCACAAAUUAAAGUCACAACGGUAACAAAUUAAAAUUUGUUACCGUUGUUGAUUUUGAAUUUCGAGGCUUCUUUGUAGAAGACCUUGUCAACAUGGAAAAGAUCACUGGAAGUUUACGAAAAGCUUGCAUCAUGUUAUCAGAAUGCGCAAUCCAUAUGUAGUGUUUCUAAUGACAACUAACAGAACAGGGGAUUUUGCAAUUUUGAUGUGGCUUUUGUUGCAUAAGAAAGGCAGUAUAUGGAAAUGCUUUACUUGGAAAAGUCGAUGUUGCGCUACUGUGUGAAUAGGCUGCCUCUACAAGGCAGCUAUUGUAACUGUGUGCAGUCAAGGCACUUCCACUAAAAUUAGAAGUCUAGAUGCAAUUAUAUCUAGCAACUACGUGCAUGCUUCGUUUUGGUGGCUCUGUAUACCUCUACGAAAAAAGCUUACACAGCACCACUCAGGCAGCAAGAGGAGUUCAAUUUUCUUGCCACCUCUGCCCAAAUGUUGAAACAGUAUGUGUAGCUUUCACAUUGAGAGCAUAAAUAUUGCAACUGCACCUUCAGGAUGUACUGUGUUUUCUAUUGUGUGUUGUCACAUUUUUCACGCCUUUUCACGCCCUGAGUCAAAAUCAACUUGCCCAACUUUUCAUUAUGAUGAAGUUUUUGCCGUAGGUCUGUAGUGUCAUCUGCUCUCAGUGAAUGUGAGAUCAGAUUAUUUCAGACCAAAUGAGUCUCUACUCAAAACUUAAGCUCUCCGUAAUCCUGGAUGUCAUUCCUAACAGUCAGCGCUAUGAGAAAUGAGUAAUGCAAUGACCUCAUUCCUGUACAUAGAGUGGGUGUGUCACAGGAAUGCCCACAUUUUCGGUGCUCAAGUGCAACUUUCACAGCAACUUUUAGCUCCCUUAUGAAGUCAGCUCUUGCGACUGAGCUGGCAUGAACAGGCUCGAACACAUUGAUCGAGCGCAACCAUCUCCACUUUUCCUCGGAUCGCUCGCCUUUUAAAGCAAUCAAGCGGUACAGGCAAUACAGACGUGUUUGUGUUAGUGAAGCUCUGUGGGUGUUCUUGGCGCAGAGCACUUAAGUGGUUGGGCCUGUUGUACGCUUUCAAAUGCUUAAAGGCUUUGUACUAUUCUUAUCAAAACAGCUGAGUCCAAGCCUAGACUUCAAAUGCUGCAGCAUAAUCGAUAACAUAAAACAAUGUGAACUGCUGUGGCUGAACUUGAUUCACUGUUAUCAUAGGUGGUGAACAAUAUUUCGUGAACACUUUACCAAAGCAUUGUGGAAGUUACAUAUGUAUCUAUUUCUAAGGAAUACUCAAUACCUACGUAACACUGAUUUUGUGCUUCUCAUGCUAUUUAAAUUAGCACAAACAAGAGUGCCGUCUUGGACAACCUCUUGUCAUCAAUCAUUUCACUUGUGCACCAUAGGGCUAGGCCGUAUGGUGCACAAAAGGCACAGAAAUUUUUAAGAUAUUCACAAGUACAUGAAAGGACAUAUAAAGGCAUUUAGACUUCAUUCUGGGUAACCAAUGUUGUUAGGCAGAUUAAUUGGUUGCUUGAACCAUGAAGAUGGUAAUCAGAGUAAAUUGAACCGAACAAGAGGAGUAAACUCUGACACCACCAUCAUGGUACUAUGAAUAUGUAGACCAGUGUUUGCCGCCUCCGUGUCUGCAGCUUAUGUCCCAUUCAGUUUUCUCCAGUGUAAUGGCAUCGCUUUGUCACACACAACAACAUGUAGAAACAGCCUAAAUCAUUGAACCUGUUCUGGUUCUGUACCAAUGCAUACCAUUGGUAAGAUUAUGCGUUGGGGGCAUAUCUCAGCUGAAGGCUAUUUGUAAUUUAACUUUUGUGUUUUACAAGAUGCACGAGGAUGUGGCGCAGAUUGUGUGCUCUUUGUCACAGGCAGAAAAUACAAUAAUUCGUGCAGUGCAUUCAUGUUCCGCUGACCUCGAUACAAGUGGAAAGCGUUAGGCCAACACCUGUGAAGCAAGGCAUUAUGACAGCAUUCUUCAAUCAUACCUAUAAUGAAACUCAGUUUCAAAACCCAGACAUUUGCAUGGAUGAAUUUGCGGAGGCUAGCAAAUCGACAAACAACCAGGAAGAAAAUGUGCUGCACCACUACAGUUUUCAAUAAUGUUGCAAGCUACUAUAGCAAGAAUUGGGCAAGGUGCCUUCAAGAAACAAUGACAAGAACAGUGCUCACUUUACCAAGCACGAGAUCCUCUACUACACAGAAUACAACGAAUUGCCAUAUAUUACACCGAUGUCAAA